AUGUCUCGCCUUUACAUCGACACAAGUCCCACCAACAUGCUCUCCGUUUCCAGUGCUCGAACACGGAGUCUCUCGAACGCAUCGUCAACCUCAUCCAUCUCAAUACUGUCUCCCAAUUCCGCAUCGACUAACCCUUCCGCUUCUGCUUCGACCUCUUCACUGCAACUGGCGUCCACCUCCCGGCCAACCAGUCCUGCAUAUGACGAUACCGUGCGAAUUGGGCCCGUGGACUAUGUCCUAGCCAUGCACGACUACAACCCUCAGGGCCAAAACGCGACUUGCCUCUCAUUUCGGGCAGGACAAGUCAUUCAUGUGCUCAACCGAGAUGCGAGUGGCUGGUGGGACGGUGAGCUGGAGGGGAGGAGAGGUUGGUUUCCCAGCAAUUAUGUCAACGUCGAUGUUACUGCGCUUUCGGGAGAGAGUGCUUCACUGUCGCACGCAAAAGGACACGCCCAUUCUCUCUCCGCUAGCUCUGUUUCAUCAUGGACAAGUACCAGAGAAUUCUCACAGCACACGCGACAUCCAUCGUUGUCUGAAGCCUUGGGCCCUGAUAUUGAUUCAUAUUGUCCCCCCAUAAUGGUGCCUCUACUACAUGGCCUCUCCCUCCUCCAGAACGCCGUCAGGUCCAAUCGCGUUUCCCAUUUCCAGCCAUCCACCGCUUGCAUAAUUUCUUGUGUUCGAUCAAUUCUUUCGACUACCGACACACUUGUUCGUGACGCGCCGAUCCUGCUUCGAUUCCCUGCUCUAGCUCAAGAGCGAAGGAGGAUAUUGACCGUUCUCGCAUCUCUGGUUGCGCAAUCGAAGAAAGCGUCUGAUGAUACACUGGACGAAGCUAGUCAGGAGACUCAAAUAGAUGCUAUGGUGCGUCUUGGCGGGCAGGUCUUCGCCAGCGUUAGGAGGUUUCUUGCAGUAGCAGUGCAAUGUGGAGUCGAACUGCCAGAAAGACGGCAGUCAAUUAGCUCUGUUGCGUCUACCGACACAGAAGCCGCUUCGUGGAGUAAUCCCGACCCAUUAGAAGCCACCGUUUCGUACGACCAGGGCUCUUUUCCACGCUUCACCACACCUCGAAAGAGUCUUCUGGCCAACCAAGGUUCUGCUCUCCGCGCAAGGAGCAUGGUAGAUCUACGGCGCUCGAUUUCCCGGGCUUCGGUCGACACCGACUCAGAAGCUGCAGUUCCUCUCUUACCAACCAACAUCAACAUUCCUAUCAAGACGAAGCAAGAACAGUAUCUUUUGAAGCAACGUCUGAUAAAGCAUAAAGCUGGGGGACUAUCCAUCAGCAGCACCUCCUCCACGUCAUCAUAUUCCUCACUCGAAUCUCCUCCUUCCCGUCCGUCUUUUCCAGUCGGUCCUUCAACGACUGCACAAGUUAUGGAGGCACUUCGGUCAACACACGAUCAAUAUCUCAGUACUAUCGCCGCCUUCAUUGGCCACGCCCAUUCUCAUUCACGCUCUUCACAUGCAUCCACUACAGGUCACAUGCAUGAGCUCGUCCGGGAGAUUGUGGAAAUGGUUUGCAAGCUUCUUACCAUUGUGGAAGCAGUUCUCCAGCAUCGAGAUGUGCCUGUAAACAAACUUGGCCAUCUUCGGUCAGCAAAAGACGGGCUCUACAAUGUUACGAGUAAUCUGGUGGAGUCAGUCCAACUGCUAGGCACCAACUCGAUGCCUACUAUGUCAGAGGAGGAAGAGAAGCAAACUUUGUUACGCUCUGCGACAGACGCGCUCAAGGCCGGUGCGGAUUGUGUCGCCGCCGUUAAGAUGUGUUUGAACCGGUCCAUGGGCGAACGACCUUUCGUUCUGCAGCUACCCAGCGUCCAGGAUCGUAUCAGUUUCACGCCAAGCAAGUUUGCACCAAAGGUCCUUACGAGAUCGACCAGCAUGGGUGCAUUGAAUCACAACUAUCAGUCACUUGACGCUGCGGGGCAAGAUGCUGAUGAUUUAACUGCGCACCAACCCAUCGUUGUGUUACCGCAUAUUCCGGACUCGGGUUCAGAGAGUAGCGGAUUGUCUCAAUCUUCCUCUCUGCAGUCUCAAGAUACCGGUGUCACUUCUCCGGACAGCUCGUUACCCUACCUUCAUGUCGGUAAGGAGGUGGUUGAGCGCGAUCUUCCGUCUCCGACCUCGUUCGCCAACACGGACGAUGGGACAACAUGGGAAGGUAGUCGAGCUCAUGCUAUGGAAGAAAGGCUGUUAGAAGAUAAGAUUUUGCAUGGUGAUCUACCUUCUGUGCCGCUUGAACCUCCUCAACAACACCCUGUUGCAUGGAUGUCGUCUCAUGACUACCAGCUGGAAGAGGUCGCAUACAACACCGAGGGGUAUAUCGUUGGGGCAACAAUGGCAGUAUUGGUGGAAAAGAUGACACCGCAUGAAAGUCGGCUGGAUGGUGCCUUUUCUGCGGUUUUCUUCCUUACGUUCAGACUGUUCUCGACGCCGCUUGAAUUGGUGGACACAAUCAUUCAGCGCUACAAUCUCCUUCCUCCCCACGGAAUCUCUCAUGAAGACCUCCAGCUCUGGCAACAAAAGAAAGGCGUUCCGGUCCGUUUGCGAGUUGCAAACAUGAUAAAAACGUGGGUGGAGAUAUACUGGCGGUCAGGUGUAGACGACCCAGCUCUCGAACGGCUCGCGUUGUUCACUCUUGAUGGGCUCGCUUCGUUGUUCCCCAAGCCCGCUGAGAGAAUACUCGAACUGCUCGAGCUUCGACGGCAAACUGCCGACUCAAUUCUUAGCCCAAAGAGCGAGCGGACUCGAGAUCCUGGCAUGUCGAUUAAUCCACCGCCUGCAACGCUUCCCGUGGCCGAAAUUCCUCGUCCUGUUAUGACCAAAAGCCUUUUUGCCAAUCUGCGUUCCAGGAAUUUUGUCGCUAUCACAAUCACCGACUUCGAUCCUCUAGAAUUGGCAAGGCAGAUGACCAUUAUGGAGUGCACGCUGUACUGUGCUAUCCAGCCGGAGGAAGUUCUGGAAACUGGGCAAGAAGGGGCGAAAUCGCCUGUAAACGUGCGUGCCGUCUCAUCGUUGAGUACGGCCAUCACGGGGUGGGUUGCGGAGAGUAUUCUGAGGGAACCUGACACGAAGAAGAGGACAGUAUUGAUUAAAUUUUUCAUCAAGGUCGCUGAUCGUUGCACUUCCCUCAACAAUUUCAGCACUUCUCGCGCUAUCCUGGCUGCGUUGGAUUCGUCCACGAUCUCUCGGUUGCAUCAGACAUGGCUGGGAUUGCCGCAAAAGAACAAAUCCCAACUGGACGUUCUGAGGCGGCUUGCGGAUCAUUCAAGGAAUUAUCGCGAGUACAGAGAUAAACUGCGUAACACAGCACCACCGGCGGUUCCCUUCCUCGGACUUUACUUGACGGAUGUCACUUUUUGUCGAGAAGGAAACCCUUCGCAUCGGGCGUCUCCCAUGAAUCCUGAACGGAAGUUGAUCAACUUUAACAAGUAUCAUAAGCUGGCUAGAAUUGUUCAAGAUAUGCAACGAUUCCAGGUUCCAUAUCCGCUCAAAUGCAUCUCUGAAGUACAAGAAUACCUGAAAGGUGCUUUUGAGUUAUCGAAACAUAACGGUGAUUUGCAGGAUUUGUAUCGACGAAGUCUGCUUAUUGAGCCGCGACAAGCUGCCGAUAGCGCGCCUGGUACCGACAUGCGACAGCUCUUCAGCUGGACGUCUAGAUCGUCAACCAGCACACCAUCAUGA